AUGGGAGGGGCCGAAUGUAUAGGCCUUGUGAAUGGCGCGACUGGGAGGCAAAUUUCUCCCGCCAACAAGCUGAAACUGGCCGCCCAACACACCCUCGGCUUCCAAUGCCUGAUGUCGAUUUCCUCAAGAUAUUCAACAAAACACCGGCUGUCUCCUCUCCUGGUCUAUUGGCGAAGGAUGUUUUCGGAGAAUCGAUCGAAAGGCUAUGACGAAGCUAUUCUGGCAUUGAAUUCACUGCAGUCCAAUGCAAGCGUCUUGGCGGCAAUCCAGGCUGCCGGGCCACAGCCCAGUGAACAAGUGUUUGGCCAAACGACCUACUACCUCCGUCGCUUGGGCUACAAGCCGAAAGACCUGAAUGGCUUGAACGCAAUCCAUAUCAGCGGAACCAAGGGCAAGGGGUCGACGGCGGCCUUCUGCUCCUCGCUGCUCAAUACCAUCAACCCGUCGGCCAAGGUUGGCUUGUUUACUUCUCCGCAUCUUGUCGCUGUGCGGGAGCGGAUUCGCAUCAAUGGGAAGCCGAUCAGCGAGGAACUGUUUGCGAAAUACUUCUGGCAACUUUGGGAGCGAUUUGAUGAUGGGAAUGGCGAGCCUGUCCGAACAGAUUUGCCGAUCCGACCAGCCUAUUUCCGCUAUCUGACUUACAUGGCCUACCACACCUUCCUAGCCGAACGGGUGGAUGCGAGCGUAUUAGAAGUCGGCGUGGGCGGGCUGCUGGACCCCACCAACCUGAUCCCUUCGCCGAUCGUCACUGGCGUCAGCUCGCUCGGAAUCGAUCACGUCAACGUUCUCGGCCACUCGAUUGCUGAAAUCGCUGGACAUAAGGGCGGCAUCUUCAAGCCCGGUGUGCCGGCCUUGACCGUCCAGCAGCAUUACCCCGAAACAAUCGGUGUGUUGAGGGAAAGAGCUCAUGAACUCAAGGCUUCCAGUUUUACAAUCAUCCCCCGUCGCCCAGAUCUAGAAGAACUGGAAAUUGGUCUGGCUGGCUCCCAUCAGAAACACAAUGCGGCAUUUGCGAUUGCUCUGGUGAACACCUUCCUCGGAUCCCCUCGACGGCCGCCAAGCUACUCUCAACAUGCGCCUGCCAUUCAAGACACCACGGCCUCGGCGAUACCCUCGAAUCAGCUACCGCCGCUGCCCUCGGACCCUUCACCCACGUUGCCAGCGAGGACCGAUGACCAGCUUCCCCAGCUUCCCCAGCAGCUCAUCCAGCCAGACCUUUCCGACGCUCUCAAGGCUGGGAUCAUGAACACUCGCUGGCCCGGUCGAUGCCAGACUAUCGUUGACCCGUCCCGGAAAGGCGUCACCUGGUUUCUUGACGGCGCUCAUACGGUCGACAGUCUCGAGUUGUGUGGGCAAUGGUGGAGUCAACAAUUCGAAUCCUCUACCCCCUCAGCAUCACGUAAUCCUUCUUAUUCCCCAUCCGCUCAACACAAGAAAGUUUUGAUCUUCAAUUGCACAUUUGGUCGCAAGGCCCGUGAUUUACUCAAAAGUCUGGUCAAGCCUUUAUCUCAACAUUCUCGCAACGCCCGAGGAGGAUUUUUUGAUCAGGUGAUCAUUACCAGCAAUACAACGUACUCCGACGGAAAGUAUAAGAGUGAUCUUAGAUCUGUUGCCCAAGACACUCUAUCAGAUCCAGACCAGCGGAUCCAGCAAGAAAUAGCCGAGGCUUGGGCGUCGCUCCCGGAUUCGACCAAGAAUGUCACGAUCACAAGUUCGAUCGAACAAGCCGUCGACGAGGUCGCCAGACAAAACACCUCGCCUGGCCCCACUUCAGUCCUGGUUACCGGAAGCUUGCACCUGAUCGGUGGGCUAUUAGAUGUAGCUGGGUUUCAAGACAGCUUGUAG